AGCUAAAAAAAUGGUUUUGGUCUGACGGCACCAAAUUAUCUUUCACCAAAUGGAAUCCGGACGAACCCAACAAUUUUGAAAAUAUAGAGUGUUGUGUCCAUAUGAACUUUUCUGUGGGUCCAGUGCCAGUUAGACAACAUGGGUCUGUUAUCUGACCCGAACCGAAGGAAGGCAUUGACGAGCCUGCUCACUCGCCUCAAUACUCCCAUAUGUGUGGUGUGCUACCUGGCGGGAAUUGCCUGGUUCAUGGGCCUGGCGUUUGAGCCGUUCACUCUGCGGACGUACAUGUCGGAGAACGCGAUGGGUUCCACCAUGGUGGAGGAGCGGUUCCCCUCAGGAGAAAGAGCUUUGGCUACGGCACGGGAGUUUGCAGCUAAUAAGAAAAAGGUUGGGGGCAUGCCAGUGGACUGGUUGGUCAAGACAAUGCAGGCCAGAGGGCUAGAGGUUUUCACUCAGAGCUUCUCACGCACGCUACCCUUCCCUGAUGAGAACAAGGAGAGAUUUAUGGUUCGAGGCACUAAUGUGUAUGGGAUCUUGCGUGCACCUCGAGCUCCACGAACAGAAGCUGUGGUAUUUAGUGCCCCCUGCAGUCCUGGCAACAGCAACAACCAGGCAGUGGGUCUUCUGCUGGGCCUCGCCCAGUAUUUCAGAAGUCAGAUUUACUGGGCUAAAGACAUAAUAUUCCUGGUGAACGAGCACGAUCUCAUUGGUAUGCAGGCUUGGUUAGAGGGGUACCAUCACACCAACAUCACUGGUAUGAGCUUCACGCCGCUACAGGGCCGAGCCGGCUCCAUCCAGGCUGCUCUCUCGCUGGAGCUCAGCAGUGAUGUCAUUACCAGUCUGGACCUGGUCCUGGAAGGUCUAAACGGCCAGCUCCCCAACCUGGACCUGGCCAACCUCUUCCACGCCUUCUGCCAGAAGCUUGGUGUCCUCUGCACCAUUCAGGGGAAGCUCCAGAGGAACGACUGGGACAGUACGGACGGUUACACCGUUUCUGCACAGACAAUGAUCCUAAUGGUGCUGAAGCAGGCAAGCGGUCGGCCUUGGGGUGACCACGGUCUCUUCCUGCGCUACCACAUCGAGGCUGCGACCAUCCGUGGCAUCAACAGCUUCAGACACUACAAGACUGACGCCACCACUCUCGGCAGGCUGUUUGAGGGAAUGUUCAGGAAGUUGAAUAAUCUCCUGGAGCGACUUCACCAGUCCUACUUCUUCUACCUGAUGCCUUCGCUGUCUCACUUUGUCUCAAUCGGAUACUACAUGCCUGCUUUUGGCCUGCUGGCUGCCAUCCUGCUGCUGCGAGCAUUGGAUCUGUGGGUCCAGAUUGGGAAUCCGGCCCCAGUAACCCAGGACGGAGUCACUGAAGGAGUCCCGCCGUCUAGUUCCGUUGUCCUGUCUGUGCUGACUCCGAUAGUGAUCAGCCACCUGACUGGUGUGGCUCUGUACACACUCCCCAUCCUGUCUCAGGAAACGGCAGUAGAGCACUUCCCAGUGUCUGAGACCGAGGCUGUGGUUCUCACUGCCAUCGCCAUCUACACUGCAGGAUUGGCACUGCCCCACAACACACACAGGUUGAUCUCAGGUGAGGGCACGGAGCAGGGUUGGCAGGUGCUGAAACUGGCAGCUCUACUCUACUUAGCUGUGCUCCUCGGUUGCACAGCUCUCAUCAACUUCUCCCUGGGCUUCAUCCUGGCUGUCACGCUGGUGCCGGCUGCUGCCUGUGUCACACCACACAUGCCUAAGUCAUUAGGUGCCGUUGCGAUGGUGCUACUCAGUCCAGGCUGUACAAUCCUCUACUGCAUCUUCCUCUUCCAGGACCUCCAGGAAGCGCCGGUCACACUGUCCGAGUGCUGCAUGCUCUUCCUGUCCGUCAUCUCUCAGGGCAUCCUGGACCACGCCCUGUACGGUUCACUGGUCUACCCACUGCUGGCACUGUUUGUGUAUCCGUGCUGGCUGCUGCUUUGGAACGUCCUGUUCUGGAAAUAAGAAAAAGAACAAACUGUGCCUGUACUGUGCCUUGGGGUUUACCUAAGAGGCAAUAUGCGGGGACUGAGUGGUCAAGAAUAUGGGUGGAGCUACUGAAACAUAAGAAAAAGAAAACUGUAGAGGACGUUUUCUCCUGCAAGCUAUUUCUUUGAACGUUGUUCAUAUUUGUUUUAGGAAAGUAAACAGCAAAGUAAUUUGUUUAACACUGAAAGGAAAACAUAAAUAUGAUUUCUUUAAUACGCAUAAACAUCAGUGUUUGUCUGGGUGGCCAUUGCUUCAGAACAGCUAGCAAGAAUCACUGAGUGUCGAUACUAGCGGCAUAUUAGACUUAAGAAAACAAGUUCACCUUUUAAGCCUCACUGGUAGCAGGUAGCUGAUAAACGUGGUACUUUUCUCCUCUUAAUGUGAUGAGCUGUUCUGAACAAUGUAAAUAAGGCACAACAUCAUGAACGCAAGCUUACAGCACGCUAACCUAACCCGCUGUUCCGUUUUGAUGAACAGUUCUGUUUCUUGAUUUAAAAUGUACUUUUUUUUUGUUAAUAAAAUCCCUGAAAACUUAAA